AUGCGAUCACAUGAGCUUCAUGAUAAAGUAUUCAGUAAGAAGGGGAUAAAGACCACAAAGGACAUAGGCAAAUUGGAAGGAAGUCGGUGCUGCCACAAGAUGGGCUCCUUACAAGAUAUGAGCUACGAAGAUGGACUUCAGGAAACAGGACUUACUAUUUUGGAUGAAAGAAGGAAAAAUGGUGACAUAAUUAUGCUGUUCAGCUAUGUUGCAGGAAGAGGAAAGCUGUUUUGGAUCCUGUGUUGGCUCGUGUCGCUGGGAGCAUGUUGCUACUACAUCUACACCAACCUGAUGGAGUACCAGAGCUCUCCGAUCCUCACCACCAUUGACACCACUACUUAUCCCAUCACCAAGUUCAAGUUCCCCUCUAUUACCUUGUGCAACUUUAAUCACAUCAUGAAAAAUCGAUAUCCACCGGAGCAGGAGGAUGUCAUUGGCGAGAAAAUCUAUCCUGACGACGAGUGGCAUAACUUGACGUAUCGUUUACGACACAAUCUCUUCAGCGGUGAGACAAGUGACGAACUGUACACUCGUUCCCAGCUAAAACGAAUGGCUUCACAUGCUUAUUGUACCAUCAAGGAGGGUGCCCAGAGUUGUGAUGAUAUGAUAAUAUCCUGUCUCUGGCGUUCCUCACAAGACUGCAAAUCACUCUUUGUGCAGAUUCCCACACACUUCGGGUUUUGUUGCGUUAUCAAUGUCAAAGGAAGUAGGAGGUCGCCAGGCUCCCUCACGACAUGCCCUAGGGAUGAGGCGCAGCAGGCUUCAACCUCAAGUGGCCAAAUAACGCAGACCAACCCCAUGGAAAUAACCAACGCCGGGGUAGAUGAAGGACUUGUGGUGCUCCUAGACACACAGAGGAAGGAGUACGUCACCACUACGUACCAGGCUAUCGGCUUCAAGGUUGUGAGAAUAUUUCUUCAGGAGUCGAAAACGCCUCCCGGUCUGAACAAUGAGGGCAUUGUCGUGUCUCCCGGAAAUGAGGUUUUUAUUCCAGUGAGAGUGAGCUCAACUUACACGACCGCCGCCGCCAUGGGUCUCCCUCCAAGUGCAAGGAAGUGUUUUACUGACAGCGAGAAACAGCUGUUUCACUAUCCUGAUUAUUAUUCCUACGAGGCUUGCAAGAGUGAUUUCAUUGCAAAGAAAAUGGUGUCUCAUUGCAAAUGCCUGGAUUACCAUAUGCCAGGUACUUUUCAAAACUCCUCCAUCUUCGAGGACUACCUCCACAAGAGCUGUUAUCCAAGGUGUAAUACUACUUCUUACACGGCUGUCCCCACCUAUGGUACUCUGUCACGCGAUCGGCUACUCGAUCCUUUCGUUGGGCCGAAGCAUCUUCUACCACUGAUCAAGCAACUCUGUGACCGAAGUGCCUUUGACGUCGACAUUCAGAAUAUAACAAGAGGUCUUUGUCAAAUCAACACCACAGAAGACGCGGAACAUUUGAUGGCAAGUUUUCCCGAGUCUUUCACAGAGCUUCUGAAUUACUUCAUGGAAAAUAUUGCACUUGUACACGUGUACUUCGGGCAGUCAACGGGUACGCAUUACAAGAAGGAUGUGAAUGCAACCCCAAGUCAAAUCGUCGCGCAAUACUGUGUGUGCCCAAGGUUUCCCUUAGAAGCAAAAUGGACAGAAUUUUGGUAUGAAGAAAGCAACAUAGGUGGACUCAUGGGCCUCUUCCUGGGUUUCAGUCUGCUUAGUGGGGCGGAGGUGGUGUUUUACCUGCUGCAGAUCGCCGUUGCUUGGGGAGCCUCCUGCUUAGGUCGAGGUUACGUGCAGCCCAACGUGACUGGACAGCAGAGGAGACGCUAG